AUGGGAGCAGGAGAAAAAAAAAGGAAGAGAGGAGAAAAUAAAAAUAAAAUAAAAAUAAAAUACAAGGAGGUUUGGAGGAUUACGAUAUUUGGAGUUUAUGAACAUAAGGGGGUAAAUAGUCACCGUGAGAUGAGAGUGAGGGUAAACGUGAAGAUAAAUAAAUAA